GAGGGCACGAGGAGCGAUGUUAGCGCGGAUGCUGCGGCGGUGCGCCGGCCGGGCUGGGCUUAGCGGCAGGCGAACAGGCAACCGCCGGAGCUGCUAUAUCCGGGCAGCGGGCACCUGCCGCGUUGGGGGCUUCCUGUGACAUUGGGCCUCGGCAGCAGAAGGGGCAGGACGGUCUCCGGAGCUGGGUAGCGAGGGAGACCUUCACCAGCUGCAGCUAUGUUUCGUGUUAUGGUCAACCACGCCAGGAAGCACCCCAGUUUGAUCCCUCUGUUUCUGAUCAUUGGAUCAGGAGGCAUUGGCGCAGCUCUGUACGUCAUGCGUUUGGCAGUGUUCAACCCUGAUGUCUGCUGGGACAAGAAAAAUAAUCCAGAACCUUGGAAUAAACUGGCUCCCAAUGACCAGUACAAGUUCUACUCAGUCAACGUAGACUACAGUAAGCUCAAAAAGGAUCGUCCUGACUUCUGAAGAACGCACACAUGUCCACGAGCUGCACAGAAAGGUCUUCCGGAAGCUGUCCGCACAAUUACCAUGCUUAAUCAUCCAGGAAAUAUUCAAACAUGCCUCACGCUGCACUUGGUCAUGUGUUUGAAAGUGUUUUGAUGGGGUUUAAUAAACGUCUGAAACUUGAAGUGUCUUCUGUUUGCUUUAAUUUCGCUAAAUAAGAACAUCCUGACAUUAACAAACACUGAUUCAUAUUUGCUCUACAAGAAUUGAAAGUUGUUUUGAUGGGCAUUAUACUCAGUGUGUUGACUUAAAAUGAGAACUUGAGAGCAAAUACUUAAAUGUGUAUGUAUAUAUAUUUUUAAUUGCACUUAAAUUUUUCUAGUUGCUACUUUAUAUAGCAGACAAGUCAUUGCUAAUAAGUCAUUGCCCAACAGCAAAGCAACAGAUGUUGCCAUAUGCUCCUGAAAAUAAAAAACCCAAGUUCUGUGGAA